UGUAAGAGCACAAAAACAUCUUGCAUGAAUGUUUCUCUUGUAUUGAUCUCCUUUCUCUGUCUCUGUUUAUUUGCCCGAGUGAAAGAGCGCUUGCAAAGCAAACAAAAAAGCAGGGCGACUGACACGUGUUUCCAAUGAUUGGGAGCACAUGGCGCAUGCUUUACUUUCUCAUUCUGUCCUCUCGUCCUGCAGAGGAAACAUCAUGAGGCCGUGGGUCACGCUGCUCUUUGCUCUCAUCUCUCACGCCUCAGCUGCAGAUGAGUCGUGCAUGGGCCGCUGUGAGAAUGGCUUUGACUCUGAGAAGAAGUGUCAGUGUGACACCAUGUGCAAGUACUACGAGAGCUGCUGCUCCGACUAUGAGGGCACUUGUGGCAUGAUGACCCGAGGAGAUACAUUCGAGUUACCGGAAGACGACGAUGAAGAUGAUCUUGAAAGCACCACGCCAUCCUCCGGGCACCCCACACAUGGGCAGCAGCCCUUCUUCACCCCAGAGGACAUCUCUGACUUUGUCCGCAGCCCACAGCAACAUCCAGAAGCCACAUUAGAAAUGAACAAAUCUCCAAAAAGGCCUCUGAGAACAACCAUCGCACCAUCAGUGAAGCUUCCCAGUAGCAGCAAAGGCAGUCAUGAGACCACCACACCUACAACAAUACCUCCAACGACACCUGCCACCACUGUGGUACCAGACCCUGAUGCUGAGGUGUGCAGCGGCAGGCCCUUUGACGCAUUCAUGCAGUUAAAGAAUGGCUCCAUCUAUGCCUUCAGAGGUGAGUACUUCUUCGAGCUGGACCACAAGACUGUCCUGCCUGGUUAUCCCAAGCUCAUAAAGGACGUGUGGGGCAUCAGCGGGCCCAUCGAUGCCGCUUUCACGCGGGUCAACUGCCAGGGCAAGACGUACAUCUUGAAGGGUAACAAGUACUGGAGGUUCGACAACGGCGUGUUGGAUGACAGCUACCCUCGGGACAUCAGCGUCGGUUUUGACCAGAUUCCGGAUUAUGUGGACGCAGCGUUUGCUCUCCCUGCUCACAGUCACAAUGGCAAAGAGAAGGUGUAUUUCUUCAAAGGGGAUCGCUAUUACGUCUACGAGUUUUUGCACCAGCCGUCACAUGAGGAGUGUGUCGCCAUGUCAGAGAGGUCUCCCUCCACACUGUUCAGACGCUACACCACCAUAUACUCCGGCAACUACCACAGAUUUUUCAGCGAUCUCUUCUCUGACUUGCCGCAGCAUCACACCAAUUACCACUUCAUCGACAAAGACUGGAAGGGGCUCCGGUCACCAGUGGAUGCCGCCAUGGCUGGACGGAUUUACGUCUCUCCACGCCGCGUCCAGCCGGACCAACAGCGUAGCCAGCAGUAUGGACAGCAGUAUGGACAACAGUAUGGACAGCAGUAUGGACAACAGUAUGGACAGCAGUAUGGACAGCAGUAUGGACAGCAGUAUGGACAACAGUAUGGACAACAGUAUGGACAGCAGUGGGGGCGAAGGAGGCAAAACCGCUCACCCUUCUGGGAAUCCAUGGCUGAGCGAGGCAUGAGCAUGGGCCAACAGUUUGCAGAAAGGGGGAUGGAAAUGGGUCUGAGACUGGCCGAGAGGAGAAUGGAGAUGGAGGAAAGGCUCGGACGAGAUUGGCGCAGACAGUGGGAUCAGGACUGGGACCAGGACAGGCGGAGAGACAACAACAGAGACAACUAUGACUCCAGAUACAGGAAUGACAGGUCCUAUUGGGACUUGUGGCAAAGAAAUCUACCUGUACAGAGCGUCUACUUCUUUAGAGGAGAUAAAUACUACAGAGUGGACCUCGGCACUAAGAGAGUGGACCCGGCCAUGCCUCCCUACCCGAGAUCCAUCGCCAAGUACUGGCUUGGCUGCUCAGACCCAGCCGGAGCAGAGAAGAAGUAGCCUAAAGCAGUAUUAGGUAUUUAAAGGUAUAUCAGCAGGUCGUAGGCAGUAAGUAAUGGUAUUGUGUAUCAGCAGGACUCCGUGUAGCACACAACCGGCUGCUUGAGCAAAUAAUGAAGGUCAUCAGAGGUGCAAAGUCCAGCUGGCCCACUUCAUUUAUGACAUCAUACUAAUGCUACAGUUGUUCCUGUGUAGUAAGCAAAAGUGACAUUCACAUGCACAUAUUUAUGCUCACCUGUACUAGAGUUGCCUUUGUCUUUAUUCAAUUCCAAUUAUAGUACUUAUUUAUAUGACCCCUCCCCUCAAUGUAUACGUAAUUCAUUUGUUACAUAGCAACUGUCUUAAGAUAUAAUGAUGACCUGAUCUGAUAAAGCUCAUAAAGAUGUUCCAUGACUGUUAUCCAGUUACUUAUUUUUAACCAAUAUGAAUGCAUAUAAAAUAAUCAUUUCUGUGUUAUAUAUCCUCUCUUUUAUUACAGUUAAUUCUACUUUUUUCCUGGGAGAAAUGGCAUGGUUCUAGUGCCUUAUACCUCUGUAGCUGUGCACGGUUCUAGAUAUUAAACUGCCAUUCUGUAGAUUUAAUCCUACAGCAAGGACAUAUGACAGAUGAGAUUGCAGCUUUUUUUAUAGGCUGCGGAGGUCACAAAGCAUCCACUGGGUUCUUGUACCAGUAUUUUUUACAAGAUGAACAAUGUUAACUGUGACAAAUAAAUACUCUUAUAGCUGCAUCCACUUAGUAUUCUUUAGCCAUGAUGAUUUUUAUUUAGGACAAAUAAAAUGUUUACAUUUCUAACUAUUUCUACACUAUUGACUGUAAUUUAGUCAGCUGAUCCCU